GGUUUAUUUUCAUUUAGUCGCUUUCAAUACACCAUUGAGGUCAGUUUGUGUUGCCGCUGCGUCGAUCUCGUAAACAAGUCUAUCCGUGAGUGAUCGCCGUGUUUUGUGUGACUCAAUUGCUGUGUUCAAUAUGGGGUGUGGGUCAGGUUUUGUGAAAUAUGUGCUGUUCUUCUUCAAUCUGGUGGUUGCGCUCUUCGGAUUGGCCGUCAUCGGGAUCGGAGUGGCUGUUCUACUCAACUGGUCGGUGAUCAGAGAGGAGUUGAACGGUCACCUGUCCGUGGCGCCAUGGUUGUUCAUAGUGAUUGGAGCUGUCAUGUUCGUGAUAGCGUUCUUCGGAUGCUGCGGUGCCAUCCGGGAGAGCCAUUGCAUGGUUGUUACUUACGCGAUCUUCCUCCUCGUGAUCAUCAUCGUCCAAGUAAUUCUGGCUGUGCUGUUGUUCACGAACGGGGACUCUAUCAAAGAGGGGCUCGUCAAAACCAUGAACACGCUCUACAACAAGGGUACCACUGACGCUGCAUCCAGGACUGUCUUUAACAACUUGGAACAACAGUUGCAAUGCUGCGGCAAGAACGGUCCAUCGGACUACGGUCUACUGGAGCUGCCCAAGUCUUGUUGCUCGAACGUUGGGACAUUAGGAAAGGUGCUCGGUAACAGUUGCACGCUCGUGGACGCCAACACUGAGGGCUGUUCCUCCCGCGUGGCUGACCUCUUUGAGAAAUGGAGCAAACCUAUCGCUGGGGUUUCCAUUGGGAUAGCUUGUGUUGAGGUCGUCGGAGCGCUGUUCUCGCUGUGCCUCGCCAACUCUAUCAGGAACAUGGACAGAAGGUCUCGCUACUAAUAUUUUGUAUUAGACCUGGUACGUUUGAAACGAAGACAUCACGAGGAAAUAACUUCGUAUAAGAACAAUUAAAUAAUCGACACAACAUACCAUAUAUUAUGUACAAGUUAUUAUUAGUAAUGGCCCACCUCGAAUACGAUUUCAGAACUGUUACCAUAAACAAACAAAAAAAAAAAAUAUAUGUGUAGAGGUUACUUUAUGAUAUUUUCGCUAGAAACAGUCUUUUUUAGUUUCACGUAUAAAUAACCGUUUUAUUAUUUGUACGUGUUUUUAUUAUUCGUAUUAUUAAAGCGUCUCCUGCUCAUGAAUGUAAGUUCCGUUUACGUUUUUUGAGCUAACACCGUAUAGUAAAGGACUUGUUACAUUUAUUGUAAAUUAUAUGAAGGACGGCGCGUCACACGCGUUACACAUUCUUUAUUUAUAAACAAUGUUCAUUUUUUUUUUUGUUUUGUCAUUUUAUAAAUUUAUUGCUAAUAGGUAUUGUUAAGUUAGUUAAGUGACUGUUUGUACUGUUAAACUUGAAAUUAUAAAAGGUAUUUUCUUAAAUCAGCCCCUAACUUUAAUGUUACUACGUACGUCCAAUUUGAAAAUAGAACUAUAGUUUAUAUGAGAUAUAACAUUUAUUCGGGAGCAAUUGUCUGUCUGUUACGUUUGGAAUCUCUUAUAUAUUUCUGAUAUAACUGCUUUUGUGAAUGUUUUAUAUUGUAUGAAUAAAUAAAUCUCAACGAAA